GGGUGGCGGGGGGCAUGAAUGGGACGCGUGACGUCACGGGGGCAUGAAUGGGGCACGUGACGUUCCGGGGGCGCUAAGCCACGCCCCCUCCGUGGCGCGCCGCGAUGGAGCCGGGGCCGGGAACGGGAUCGGGAACGGGGUCGGGAUCGGGAAUGGGGCUGGGAAUGGGGCCGGGAGCGGGGCCGCAGCGCUGGCCCGCGGCCUCCUGCGUGCUGACGGGCGCCUCGCGGGGCUUCGGGCGCAGCCUGGCGCGGCUGCUGGCCCCGCGGCUGGGCCGGGGCUCGCUGCUGGUGCUGCUGGCCCGCUCCGAGGCGCCGCUGGCCCAGCUGGCGGCCGAGCUGCGGGUUGCCCCCGCCGCAGAGCUGCGGGUGGAGUGCGUGGCCGCCGAGCUGAGCUCCCAGGAAGGGCUGCGGAAGGCGGUAGAGGCCCUGCGGGAGCUGCUGCCCUCGGCGCCGCCCGGCCCCCUGCUCGUCGUCAACAACGCCGGCUCACUAGGAGACAUCUCCAAAUCCUUCCUCGACCUCACUGACCCGGAUGAAAUCAACACCUACUUUGCCUUCAAUGUCACCUCAGCCCUUUGCCUCACCACCGCCGCCCUGCAGGCCUUCGGGAAGCGCCCCGGCUCGAGCAGGACGGUGGUGAACAUCUCCUCCCUCUGCGCCCUGAAGCCCUUCAAGAACUGGGCGCUGUACUGCAGCGGGAAGGCUGCCCGGGACAUGAUGUUCCAGGUGCUGGCACUGGAGGAGCCCGAUGUCCGCGUGCUCAACUACGCCCCGGGUCCUCUGGACACGGACAUGCAGCUCUUGGCCCGCACGAAGACUGGAGACCCUGAGAUGAGGCGGCAUUUCCAGAGCCUGCAGGAGAGCGGGCAGCUCAUAGACUGCUCCGUGUCGGCCCAGAAGCUCCUGAAGCUCCUGGAGGAGGAUGCCUUCAGCUCUGGCGCCCACGUGGAUUUCUAUGACGUCUGAGCUGCUCUCACCUGGCCCCUUGUCUGUGUGCUUUGCUUUCUUCCUUCAGAGAAGGAAGAGGAGGAGGUGGCCAUCACCCCUGGCUCUCUCCCAUCUCUCCAGAGACCCUCCUGCAGCUCGGGGGCUCUCUGCACGGCCCGGAGGGUUUGGGAGCAGAGCUGAGCCUCUCCCCAUGCUGCUUGCAGGCAGGGAGCUGCCAGGAGAGGGAGCUGCCUGCGCAGGAGAUGCAAACACCAGGGUGCUUGCCUGGGGCUCCAGCUGCACCAGCCUGGGCGCAAUCACAGCCCUGGACGAGGGUUUGAUCAUUGCCCCGAGUUUGUGCCUUGCUCCUGUUUGCGUGGGUCCGGGGCUGGGGCUUGAGCCUGUCCUGGGUUGUUCUUUUAGUUAUUUGUGGGGUUUUAUCCUCGUUUUUCCACCAGGUUCCAAAAGGUGUAAGCCCACUCCUUGUAGUGACAGAGGUGGGACAAGUGCAGUGCUGCCGGUGAGGCUGGCACCCCCUGCCUGCCCCAGAAACACCCAGUGUCCCUCUGAGCUCCAUGACAGCAGCCUUCUGCCAUCCUGUUCUUUCAGCCAAUAUUAUUUUUCUGUCUACCUACAUCUACAAUCAUUAAAAGUUUCCUGUCUGGUCUGGU